AUGGCGGAUUUACCUGAGUCCCGCGUCAUCGGCGCUUUCCCAUUCAAUCACACGGGAGUUGAUUUUUUUGGCCCAAUUUUAAUCAAGGAAAAGAAAGAUCGGAAUCGAAGCUUCAUCAAAGCUUAUGGUUGUGUUUUCGUAUGUAUGGCCUCUAAGGCAGUCCACAUCGAGCUCGCUUCCGAUCUUUCGACAGAAGCGUUUUUGGCAUGUUUUGAUCGAUUCAUGUCAAUACGAGGAAUACCAGAACGAAUAUAUUCCGAUAACGGUACAAAUUUUGUGGGCGCGAAUAACGAACUGCAAAAAAUUUACGAUUUGCACGGGACGCCGGAAUUCAAAGACGCCAUUCAAGGUCACGCCGCGUCCAAUAGAAUCGACUGGCAUUUUAAUCCACCUCUCUCUCCGCAUUUCGGCGGAUUAUGGGAGGCUGCAGUUAAAAGUUUUAAACAUCACCUUCACCGUGUUAUUAAAGAUCGAAAGCUAACGUACGAGCAAUUAGAUACGCUUCUAAAACAGAUAGCGGCAAUUCUUAAUUCUCGACCCUUGUAUUACAUUUCCGCUGAUCCAAACGAUCCGCUUGCAAUAACUCCCGCGCAUUUGUUGAUUGGUCGUCCGUUCCGAUUCUUACCCGAGCCCGAUUUUGUUUCAGUUCCUGACAACCGGCUACGCACGUACCAAAUCAUACAAAAGGCCAGACAGGAUUUCUGGAAGAAGUGGCAAAAAGAGUAUUUGCACGAGCUCCAAACUCGACAAAAAUGGUUGACCUCCAACACGACCUUAACACCCGGGUCCGUGGUCUUGUUGAUGGAGGACAAUCCUGCGUGUGCGAGAUGGUCGCUGGGUGUGGUCGAAGAGGUUCACCCUGGGAGCGAUGGCAUUGCUAGGGUAGCAACAGUCAAGACGGCCUCGGGAGUCUACAAGCGAAACAUCACGCGGCUUUGUAUCUUACCAGUAGCUCAGGAUGAUACGCUCGCGUCGGAGUCUCAACAAGACCCCCCAUAG